CCGCGGGGCCCAUCCCGACCCGCGCGGCCUCGGUUUCCAGGCGACGCCGAACGCUGGCGCCCGGCUGCCUGCAGCGGGCGGGAUGGGCCCGACCUCGGCGGGCGCGGGGCCGCUGGACCGGGGUGGCGUGGAGGACGACGAAGAGGAGAUCACCGCCGCCACGCUGCGGGGCAAGCCCCGGCUGCCGCCCCUCUCGGCGCUGUCCGCCUUCAGCUACGUCCCCCCGCGGCGCCUGGACCCCAAGGAGCACAGCUACUUCUACCGCCAGAGCCGGACAGGCAUCAUCUCCCUAUACGACUGUGUCUUUAACAAGAGCCCAGGCUACAAUCAGAAACUGCACCGAGAUGACAGAGAACACGCAAAAAGCCUGGGACUUCACGUGAAUGAGGAGGAGCGCCAGCGGCCUGUGGGAGUGCUGAUGUCCUCAGUCUAUGGGAGGCGCAUACACCAGCCUGUGGAGCCUCUGAUCCGGGAUCACGGCCGUGCCAACCACGUGAAGGCUGACUUCUACAGGAAGAAUGACAUCCCCAGCAUCAAGACUCCUGGCUUUGGGCACAUUUCUCCUGCCUGACGCCCCAUUUGGGGCCUGGACCGCUGGGUGGCACAGUCAGGCAUCAGAGGGUCAGGGAGCUGGGCUGAAGCGGCCUGCACCUGGACAGUGGGGGGGAUGGGCCCGGGAGCCCCUUUUCCUCGUGUGGCCAUGGUGAAGACCCUGGCCAGAGGCCUUUAAUGUGAUAAAAUCUCGUGGGACCGUGUCCGCUGAAAUGAUGCCAGAGACCGAUCCACUGUGAGCACCUGAAUAAAAGGAAAGUGCUCCCACCUGACAGUGGUUCGGUGACUGCGUUCACUGUUUCUCUGGUUCCUCAGACCCCAGGGGGCGCUCCAGGAGGGGUGUGCA